CUGACGUGGCCCGGAUGACGGCUGCACAGAAAUCACUCAUCACUCGACUCCAAAAACCUCAUGAAAUCCUCAAAAAAAUGAUUUAAUCCCCACCGAUCAAUUCCAAAAGUGUCUAGUGUACAGUUGGUCUUCGAUUACCUCUGAUCAGUGCAUAAAAUCACGGAUAAAGGAUGACGACCUACGAGGACUUCAUCCAGCAAAAUGAGGAUCGUGACGGUGUCAGGUUCACCUGGAACGUGUGGCCAUCGUCUCGAGUGGAAGCCACUCGCCUCGUCGUCCCCCUGGGGACCCUCUACCAACCGAUAAAGGAACGCCUGGACCUCCCCCCGAUCCAGUACGACCCAGUCCUCUGCACCAGGUCCACCUGCAGAGCGAUCCUCAAUCCUCUCUGCCAGGUGGACUACAGGGCGAAACUCUGGGUCUGCAACUUCUGCUUCCAACGGAAUCCCUUCCCACCGCAGUACGCAGCCAUCAGCGAGCAGCACCAGCCAGCUGAGCUCAUCCCCAUGUUCUCGACGAUCGAGUACAUCAUCACCAGGGCCCAGUGUCUUCCUCCAAUUUUUUUGCUGGUGGUGGACACUUGUCUGGAUGAGGAGGAGCUGGGGGCCCUCAAGGACUCUCUCCAAAUGUCGUUGUCACUACUUCCACCAAGUGCUUUGAUUGGAUUGAUUACUUUUGGAAAGAUGGUGCAGGUGCACGAAUUGGGUUGUGAGGGGUGCAGCAAGAGUUACGUAUUCCGAGGGACGAAGGAUCUCCAACCAAAACAGGUGCAGGACAUGCUGGGAAUAGGGAGACCAGUCCCAGGUCAGAACAUGAAUCAACAGAGGAAUCCCAACGUUCAGCCUCUGCCUCCAGCCAACAGAUUCCUCCAGCCAGUCCACAAAUGCGACAUGAGCCUGACUGACCUCCUGGGGGAGCUCCAGAGGGACCCCUGGCCUGUGGGAGUGGGCAAAAGACCCCUGAGAUCCACCGGAGUGGCUCUGGCUGUGGCCACUGGCCUCCUGGAAGCCAGUUACGCCAAUACUGGAGCCAGGAUCAUGCUGUUCGUGGGUGGGCCAUGCUCCCAGGGGCCUGGACAGGUCGUCACCGAUGAGCUUCGACAGCCCAUCAGGUCUCAUCACGACAUUCACAAGGAUAAUGCCAAACACAUGAAGAAGGCCACCAAGCACUACGACAGUCUGGCUGUCAGGGCUGCUGCCAAUGGCCACAUAAUCGAUAUUUACUCGUGUGCACUCGAUCAGACGGGACUCCUGGAGAUGAGGAUGUGCUGCAAUUCCACUGGGGGACACAUGGUCAUGGGGGAUUCGUUCAAUUCGUCCUUGUUCAAGCAGACUUUCCAGAGGGUUUUCGCGAAGGACGCCAAGGGGGAUCUGAAGAUGGCUUUCAAUGCUACUCUGGAGGUCAAGACGUCUAGGGAACUCAAGGUAUCUGGAGCCAUCGGCCCCUGCGUAUCCCUCGGAGUGAAAGGUCCGAGCGUCGGUGAGCAAGAGGUCGGCCUCGGUGGCACCUGCCAGUGGAAGUUCUGCUCGUUAACUCUCUCCACCACAACAGCCUUAUUCUUCGAAGUAGUUAAUCAGCACGCGGCACCCAUUCCCCAAGGAGGAAGAGGCUGCAUUCAGUUCAUCACGCAGUAUCAGCACAGCAGUGGACAGAGGAGAAUUCGAGUGACAACGGUGGCGAGGAACUGGGCAGACGCCUCCACCUCCCUCCACCACAUCUCAGCUGGUUUUGAUCAGGAGGCUGCGGCUGUUUUGAUGUCCAGACUAGCUGUCUUCAGGGCUGAGGGUGACGAUGGCAACGAUGUGCUACGUUGGGUCGACAGAAUGUUGAUAAGAUUGUGCCAGAAGUUCGGGGAAUACUCGAAGGACGAUCCCAACAGUUUCAGACUCGCUGAGAAUUUUUCACUCUAUCCCCAGUUCAUGUAUCAUCUCAGGAGAUCGCAGUUCCUCCAGGUGUUCAAUAAUUCUCCUGACGAGACUAGCUUCUACAGGCACAUGCUCAUGAGGGAGGACCUCACCAAUUCCCUCAUCAUGGUGCAGCCCAUUCUGUACAGCUAUGGGUUUGGGGGACCUCCAGAACCUGUUCUACUGGACACCUCCAGCAUUCAGCCUGACAGGAUCCUUCUCAUGGACACGUUCUUCCAAAUUCUUAUAUUCCAUGGGGAGACUAUUGCCCAGUGGAGGCAGCUCAAGUACCAGGAUCAACCGGAGUAUGAGAAUUUUAAGCAGUUGCUGGCGGCUCCUGUGGACGAUGCGGCGGAGAUCCUUGGGGGGAGGUUCCCAGCACCCAGGUAUAUUGACACGGAGCAAGGGGGGUCCCAGGCUAGGUUCUUGCUCAGCAAGGUCAAUCCUAGUCAGACGCACAACAAUAUGUAUGCUUAUGGAGCGAUGCCGAUGCCCACUGCGGAGGGUGGAGCUCCAGUGCUGACAGACGACGUAAGUCUCCAAGUAUUCAUGGAACAUUUAAAGAAAUUGGCUGUGUCCUCAACAGCCUGAGCCAUAGAAUAGGAAAAAAUAAUAAAGUAAAUUUAAUAAUUCCCUGAAUUAAUUAAUAACAUAAUUGUAAAUGGUAAUUGUCAUGAUUUUUUGUUUCUUUUAUAUGAUAUAUUCGAGUAUGUAUAUGUAAAGCAAUUGAUUUGUCUUGUGCAUUUGGUGUAUAAGUGAAUGGGCACGUAUUUCCGUUUUUUAUCGUAAUGUCUGCUGAUUAACGACACAUUUCCAAGGUGUAACCACAAGCACUAGUGCGAGAGUAAUUAAAUCAUAAAUUUUCAAA